AUGAAGAUAAAUUUUGUGACUUUUGUAACUGAGAUACAGAAGGAUAUUGUAUACUUUCAGGGAUACCGUACAUACGUGGCUCUUACCUAUGCGAGCUUCAACAUCGUCGGCUUUGUCGUCAACAUUUGGGUAUUGUACGUAGUCGCACCACUACUAUUUGCUCCGGCUGUUAAGGUUUGUUGUGUGAAAAAAACUUGGUCUGAUUAG